AGAACAUAUGAUUCUGAAACAGCUGCUGUGCUCUGACUUUCCUAACAAAAACACUACAGAGAACGACCUCACAGCAUAAAGUUUAAUAAUGUCGCUACGAGGAGUUCUGAAGUUUAUUCAACGCUCUAAUUUGGGGUUGCUGUACACACUUUCACCAUCAAGCAAAUUUGUUCUGAAAGUACCAUCUUCUGUUACACGGCACAGCAGCAGCAGCACUUCAGAUCACAUCAGCCGCUAUCCAGUGCCAAACAGGAAGAACCUGCCAUUUGAUAUUGUGGAGCUGAUGGAAGAAGUUGAACAGAAGGGAGGAUUUUUGCCCAAUGUCUUCAAAGUUCUUGCCCAUCGUCCUGAUGAAUUUCGGGCUUUCUUCUCUUAUUACAAUGCCCUCAUGAACAAAGAAAGUGGUGGUUUGUCAAAAGCAGAUCGGGAACUGAUUGUUGUUGCGACCAGCGCACACAAUAACUGCUUGUAUUGUGUGGUAUCCCACAGUGCAUUGCACCGCAUCUAUUCCAAAAAACCCACGCUGGCUGAUCAGGUUGCAGUAAAUUACAGGGUUGCCGAUGUGAGCGGCCGUGAGAAAGCCAUGCUGGACUUUGCUCUGACCAUUUGCAGGAGUGAAACGGUAACAGAGGAACAUUUCAGCACACUUGAGGCUCAUUGUUUUGACCGAGAAGAUAUUUGGGACAUUGCUGCCAUCGCUGCUUUCUUUGCCUUGUCGAACCGCAUGGCCCAUCUGACUGACAUGAGACCUAACACAGAGUUUUAUAACAUGGGCAGAGUCCCCAGAGACAAAGCCAAAGCUUCUGAUGAAUAGACUCAUAUCAGACUUAUACUAUUUUACACUGAUCAUUAAUAAUCAUCUUAUCGUUAAACUGUUGUUACAACUCUAAGAGCCCUCUCUCCUUCAGUAAAGUAUGCAUAUUUAACUUUUGAAUUUCUAUACAUAUCUGUGCUCUCUUUCCUGUGUUCAACCUCACAAGGAACUCUUGGUUGAACACUUUUAGGUUAACUUAAAUUUGUUAGGUGCAUUUACAUGAAUAUAUAUAUAACAUACUGUACAGUUUUGUGAACCACAUUUGGGAUGAAUUAGCACAAAUAGCUCUGAUCUUUUUUUGAUUUGCUUUUUGUGUUCAGAACAUGAAUUGAAGUGUCUAAAAUACUUGUAAUAUAACAUAUGAAGAAUAUAAUUAAUAAAUUAGUUUGAUACAUCUGG